ACCGAUCCCUUCGCCUCAAUCCCGCACCACCUCCUCCCUCUUCCAGUCUUCCUCCUCCUCCUCCUUCCCAGCCUCUGCUCGUUCCCACCGCAGCCGCCGGCCAUGGCCUGCCUCACCGACCUCGUCAACCUCAACCUCUCCGACACCACCGAGAAGAUCAUCGCCGAGUACAUAUGGAUCGGUGGAUCUGGCAUGGAUCUCAGGAGCAAGGCUAGGACCCUCUCCGGCCCGGUGACUGAUCCCAGCAAGCUGCCCAAGUGGAACUACGACGGCUCCAGCACCGGCCAGGCCCCCGGCGAGGACAGUGAGGUCAUCCUGUACCCGCAGGCUAUCUUCAAGGACCCAUUCAGGAAGGGCAACAACAUCCUUGUCAUGUGCGAUUGCUACACCCCAGCUGGCGAGCCGAUUCCCACCAACAAGAGGCACAACGCCGCCAAGAUCUUCAGCAACCCUGAGGUCUCUGCUGAGGAGCCCUGGUAUGGUAUUGAGCAGGAGUACACCCUCCUUCAGAAGGACACCAACUGGCCCCUUGGGUGGCCUGUUGGUGGCUUCCCUGGCCCUCAGGGUCCUUACUACUGCGGUAUCGGCGCAGACAAGUCUUUCGGGCGCGACAUAGUUGACUCCCACUACAAGGCUUGCCUGUAUGCCGGCAUCAACAUCAGUGGCAUCAACGGAGAGGUCAUGCCAGGACAGUGGGAGUUCCAAGUCGGCCCGUCCGUCGGCAUUUCUGCUGGUGACCAGGUGUGGGUUGCCCGCUACAUUCUUGAGAGGAUCACCGAGAUCGCCGGUGUGGUGGUGACAUUCGACCCCAAGCCCAUCCCUGGUGACUGGAACGGUGCCGGUGCCCACACGAACUACAGCACCAAGUCCAUGAGGAACGAUGGCGGGUACGAGGUGAUCAAGGCCGCUAUCGAGAAGCUGAAGCUGCGGCACAAGGAGCACAUCGCCGCCUACGGUGAGGGCAACGAGCGCCGGCUGACCGGCAAGCACGAGACGGCCGACAUCAACACCUUCAGCUGGGGAGUCGCCAACCGUGGCGCGUCAGUGCGCGUGGGCCGGGAGACGGAGCAGAACGGCAAGGGCUACUUCGAGGACCGCCGGCCGGCGUCCAACAUGGACCCCUACGUGGUGACCUCCAUGAUCGCCGAGACCACCAUCAUCUGGAAGCCCUGAAGUAUCUGCUGGUUCGGCGGCGGCCAUGGCUGCUGCCUCCGGCGAUUGCAUUGAGCUGGGCACAGCAUUUGCCAAACGAUUCCGUUCCGUUCCAUUCCGUAUGGCUAUAGCUGCUACUACUACUACCCCAUUUAGUGUUAGAUGAUCUGUGAAGGGUUGUGCGAGAACAAAACAAAAACAAUUGUUGGCUUUGAUGCUUUCCACUUCCCAUGGGUGGUCACUUGUGUAAUCUUUCUCUCCUCCAAUAAUGGCCGUACCGCAGCGGUGGUACCCUUUGAGUACUUG